UCAGCAACUUAUACGUGCAUGUACGACAAGUUCUGAAUGUAUGGUGCAGACGCCAUGGUUCCCUACUUGCGAAAAAUAUGAUGUGUCCAACUUCAAGCUAUGUUCUUCAAAAGUCAAAGAUGAAGAAGCAUGUCAACUGCCCCUGUCAAAGAUGUCUGAGCUGUGGCCAACUGGAGAAACCAAGAAUACAUUUUUCCUUUACAUUGGAGGUGUGAUUGGUCUAUUCUAUCUAGUGGCAGUGAUGAUUGGGUUUUUACAGAGAAGAUGUCAGCCCAUCGUUGUGCCACUGACAAACCCAGAAGAACACGAGAGAAUGCAUGAAUAUAUCUUCGUGGUGAAAACAUCACUACUGCCAUAUUCUGGGUGUCCUUCGACUACCAAGGUGUUUGUCCAGCUUCAUGGUCAGUUUCACAACUCAACUUUUUUUCAUUUGAAGAAAAUGUCGGCCACAAAAGACAUUCUCACAAGAGGCAGCACUGACAUCUUUGUCAUUCACACAUCAGAGGAUCUAGGAGAAAUUACAGCAGUUGGAAUUGAACUGAUCAAUGAAAUUGGUGUCAAGUCUGUAUGGAGACCAUCACAUCUAGAGGUUUAUUCUCCGGAAUUGUGUAUGUUAUGGUCAUCUGAUGACUACAUCCCCAAGAUGCUGUGUGUACAGAAUCUGGAAGCCCAUGUCACACUGACAGCCUGUGAAAUAACAGCCAAAACAUUCAGGGACAAGGGCGUGAAGUAUCUAUCUAACCUGUGUGUACAGCAUCAGUGGUUAUCCAUGGCGUUGUGUUCUGUCAGAUUGGGUCCGUUUUCUACAGUUGUAAAUCUGAUCCUGUUCUUUUCCAUCCUGGCUGUCCUCCUUGCUGCAAACCUCAUGACUUUGUUAAUGAUACAGGACACAAGCACUGUGUUCAGCCUGGCUGAUGAUGAAGUUAUUGGAUGUGUCCUUGUCGUUAUUGUCGCUGUCUCAUUAUCAUGGUGUCUAGAGAUUCUUUUGAGAAAUGUGAGCCCCUCUCCAAAGCUUCGGAAGCGUUUCUCCUUUAAUGGUUUACAAGAGUUGAAAAAAGAAAACAUCGCCUUGGAAACAUCUUACAAAGUAGAUGACUCUGCAUUAGAUGACACCAUCAUUGAAAAUUUUGGAGCCAAAGCAGUAGAUGAUGAUAGAAGCACACACAGACUGAGGUCAGGUCAUUCUGAUGCACACAUAUCUGCUUUACAACUUGCUGCAGAGGUCAGUGAAGAUGAUAAAUUCUUCUCGAGUUCAAAAGAGACCAAAGAAAUCGAACAUGUGGACAUUUCCAAUGGUUGUCUACUGGAAUGUAGUGGUGUUACGGAUGUGGAUAAAGAACAGUUUGCUAAAAAUCUAUUCCAAGUUCUGAUGACAGAAUCUCAGUUCUCAAGUCCAUUUUUUCUGGCUGAGCAUUAUGCUGGGAUUCUGCUUUCUUCAACAGGCCUGCUUUUUAACCAACUUACCCAUGACACAAGGGUUAUGGAACAAUGCCUUCAUCAGCUACAACACUCUCUGAAUCACAGUAUGUUAUUUCUUGUGAACAGUUUUCCAGACAACUUUCAAGAACAUGUUCAGAAAUCAUCACCAACAAACACAAGUUUAACUAACACUCAGACUGAUACAGAUAGCUCGCAUAUGAUUGAAUAUAUAUCAGUGUUCGAUCGUCUCAAGCACAACAUUCCCUAUUUGGGACAGACACUUGACACUCGUGGUUCUGUUACUAUGUGGAUUGACAGCUGUAUGACUCUGCAACAUAUACAAAGAAAUGCAGGCUGCAAUAUCACAACUCACAAGAGUGUGGAAGAUAGAGGAAGAAAAACGGAUUCAGAGGAAACAGAAGAUGAUAGUAUAUUCAGGACAGUUCGGGUGGCAUUACCACUGAUCUUAACCCCAAAAGAAUGUUGGUUGAUAUCUACAGAUGUCUCAAGCAAAAGUGUACAACUUUCAAGAGAUGCUACAAGUGUCAUGGCAUGCUACUCCAAACCAGGAAGUUAUGGUCAGGGAUUGCUUGAUGCUUGUAGAAAAGUUAGCAGUGACAAAAUGUUACUCACCCACUCGCUACUUAAAGGACUAUCACUUGUCAUGAUUCGGAACUCCUUCUGUUAUGUACUUGAAAUGUCUCAAAUUGAAAUGUGCUGGAGUCAGCUUGAUAUUCAAGAACUCAGGAGACACAUGAAAAGAAGGCUUAGUGAGAUGAUUUAUUCCUUUGUGUGGAAUGUCAUUUCUCUCUCUGGGGAAACAGGCUCAGUUGCAUCGAUUGAUGAAUACACCUUGACAACAGAGAUUAUUGCUGCUGUCAUCACCUAUGGCGUAUUGAACAGGGCUGUGGAAGUUGUGAAAAACCAGGAGCACAUGAAACUUGUACAACAUCAGGCUCACAUCAUUACACAGAGGGUUCUUGAAGCAUCAGUGAUGUACCUUCAGUUUGAAUUUCAGCUGGACAGAACUGUGAAGGACUUAUGUGAAUCUGUGAUAAAAACUGCCUCAGAUGAAUUGUUGGCUGAUUAUCAAGAUCAUCUGUACGUAUUUUCAGAGAGUGUCUUGAAACAAUCAAUGUUGGAUCUUAUAACCCAAAUGGGUGAUGAUGUCCUUGAGAAAACACAUCAUGAUCUUAAGCUCACCAGUGAGCUUCAAAUUCUUCAAGAAGCAUCAACAGGAUGGGUCAGUGAGCUUGAUGAACUGCCUAUGAGUCCAGAUGUUCUCCUGGCUCAGAGUCUCAUCUUAAAAUUCAAACUUGAGCGUUUGAGUCUAUGUGACUUUUUCAAGUCUUUGUCAGAAUACAAUGAAUCAGAAUGGGAAGUUCGCAAACUGUGCUUAUCACAGGCAAAGACUUUAGUGAAACAUAUCCUGAAUAUGGUUCAGAAGGAGAUGUUCAUGACACAUGGACAACACAAGAAGGGAACAGUAGCAUCGGUAAGAAAUAAACUUGACAUACACCUGCUACAAGGCAUUUGUGUCUAUGUGGAGAAGAUACAACUGUCGUCACAAGUUGUGUUGCAAAAGGUCUUUCAGCAACUUCUGGCCAGAGCUAUUGUUGAAAAGGCGACCAAGGAUGCAAAGUUGAGCUACAAGACAGAGUGCCAGGGACAGUACAGUCAGUUUGGCCAGAGCAACCAAGGAAAUGAGUCUGUGUCUAAAUCAUCAGAGAUAUUGGAACUUGCUCAAGACCUGAAAUCAAUAAGACAAUACCUCCAGUAUGUGAAGAUAGGAAAUAAGCAAAGAAAUGACAAGGAGCUGAGAGACCACCUCAAGAGAACUGCCAGAAUACACAAGGAAUUGGUCUCCAUCAACCUACAAAACAAAUUGGACUCCUUCUAUGUGACAGAUGCUCUGCCCCGAGAAUACACAGAGGAAGAACUAUAUGUCGUUGAGUGGUUUGUGAGUGGUGAUCUACGCAAUGUGCUGCCAUUUUGGAUCAAGCCAGUUCUAAUUGUGCUGAUGCUUGUCUUUACGCUGGGUGCCAUGGUGUACUUCAUCAUGAUUGGUGCUCAACUGACAACUACCCAGGCACAAGAGUGGAGCUGCAUGUUUCUCAUCAGCUGUACUCUCUUUGGGUUUGUUUUUGAACCCCUGAAAGUUCUUCUAGUAAUGGCAUGCAUGAAGGACUGAGUGUGUUUCUAGCUUCAGUUUCUUCAGCUCUUUACACAGCGUGAGAGAUACUACAAUUAUGAACUUGUACUAUCAGCGGUGUUCAUUGCUAGAAAGCAGUAGGCACAUCUGUCUUGUGUAUGAACUCUUGUUCUUACAGUUGGUUGCCCUUUCUUUGUCAGCAAAGUGUCAAGUGUUUUAAAUAUGGCCCCUGAAAUAUGAAAUAGAGGAGUGACAGGACCUUAACAGGAUAUAAAGGUGCAGCCAAGUCCCACUGUACAAGUACUGUCACAACGAAUAUAAUAUCCCCUACUUAUCAUAGGAGUACACUAUCGGCAUAUUAUGGUUCUGCCCCCAAACGACAAACACUCAUUGCACCAGAGCAUGUUGUUGUAAUGUACUCAACCAUGUUGUCAGACAGACGAAUGGUAUCAAUCAAGGGACACUUUAUGCCAGGUUUGUACAGUCGAUGAAACAGUUCAAUAGGACCUUUCUUACAUGGCAAGAAUCAUGCAGUCAUAUUUGCAUGCUGCUCAUUAAUUGUAAGGUAUUCUAUGCAUAUUGAUCAUGGACAUGUAAAUAUUAGAAUACUAGUUACAUCUGUAGGCAGUGAUGUUAAUACUAAUUGAGCAACGUUUUUUCUUUAAUAAUAUUGCCAAGUGCAACAAUCAAUAAACAAACAAACAACCAAAUCUUUAAAUAACCAUUAGCUUUGGUUAUUAUCAAAUUUGUCUGUUAAAUGUAAGAUGUUAAAAUUGUAUGGAAAUUUUUUAUACCCAAAUGUUUGGAAGAGAAGCACUCGUAAAAUACCAUUACUGUCCCAAGUUUUCAUAUUGUUUGUUCAGCUUCUAGUUGUAUCUUAACUAUCGUAUUUAUAUUGUUGUAAUUUUCCAUCAAUCUCUUAAAGUUGGACAUAUUUCCUGUUUCAUAAAUAUAAGUUGGGUCCUUACAGGGUCUGGUUUGGUUACACAGUUCGAGAAGUAACCAUGGACACACAGCUGCAGGGUUUUAACUUGACCAACAAAACUGGGGGUCCACAGGGACCCCAAUAAUUAAUAAGAAGGGUCCUUACAGGAAAUGUGAGGGUCCUAUAAAGCAAUAAACUUAUGUAGUAUACUGUACUUUAAUUUUUGAUAUUAGAUUUAAUUUUUGACAGAACCUUUAUAUUUCUUGCCAUGAAUUUGGUACAAUGAAUAUUCCUGCGCAUCUUGAGGACACAGUAUAUUUUGUUUCUGCAUCCAUUCUAUACAUUUGUGAGUACUGGACACACAUUUCUGCCUUGUGUAAAACCCUGCAGUUGGAAAUUUAUAAUAAUUUUAUGACAUGGUUAGAAUUGAGUUUUUCAUUGAGCUCUGACCAUGCCUCUUGGUGAAAUAAACAGCAUAUCUGUCACACAGCAAACUAUCCCAUUUAUAAAUACCACUAGCCAGUCAGUAAUUGACCCAAAAGAAAAUGGAGGUUGCCAUCAAGUAUACCGGGUGCAGUCAUUACUGUAAACCGAAUAAGAAUAUUAAUUCAAAUUGUGAAACAUAAGCUUAUGUAAGCACUUAAACAUAAUACCAGUUAUAUGAGACACUUCCUCAGAAUGUGCAAAAACCCAUAUAUUUUUCAGAUGUUCAUUGUUCAGAAUACUCCCAGCACUUGCAAAGUCAGCACCAUGUGGCUACCAGUUGCAUUAUCUACAGUAGGCCGUUCAUUGAUGCUGUUUGGUUAAAACAUUCCUGCAGACAGUAAAAUGGUUAUUAGAAAUCCCAUGUGAAUUCUGGCUAACCUGAAAAUAUCCAAUGGCCUGAUCUUGUUGGUGUGCAGUAGUCUUAACUGAUUGCCAGAAAUGAUUGAUCAAUGUCUUUUUAUACCCAAGGCUGCCAUGUGCAUCUCGUGCUUGUGAACUUUUAUGCCUUAUUGGUCAUGUUUUUGUACAGGUUAUGCUCUUAUGUUAUUGUUAAAACAUUAAAUGUCCAGUUACAUUGA